UAGAUAUUUUAUAUGUUUCAAAACAAUCGGUUCUAUUAUUUUUUAUAAGAAAUAAAAAAUAUGUUUGAUGCAAACUUUUUGCUAAGCACUGUAUAAAUUUUCGUAUUUUUCUCUGUAGAAUCUAGUUUAUAUUUAAUAGAAAAUAUUAAAUUAGUAUUAAUAGUUAAUUUAAUUUUAUUUAUUUUAUAGAGACAGCUUUUGGUACCUCAAUAGGUGCUCAAAAUCAAGAAAACAUAGAAUACGUACAGGCAAUAAAAACAUUUUUGGAAAUAUUUGUCUAUCGUUUCUACUCAGGUUGGAUGGGAUAUCUUAUCUUCUUUAGAUUUUCCGAACAUUACAAAAAAUAUCACAAAACGGUGAAAAUUUUGCAUGAAUUUUGCGAAGAUGUUAUUAAAAAACGAAAAGAGAAAUUUCGGAAAAAAGACAAGAUAAAUGAGGAUGAAAAUGAUGGAAUAAAAAUCCGUUCGGCCUUGCUGGACAUGUUAUUGGAGGCCAAUCAAAAUGGAGAAAAUUUAUCUGAUGAAGAUAUUAGAGAUGAAGUGAAUACGUUCAUGUUUGAGGGACAUGAUACUUCAGCUACAGCAACAUGCUUCACAUUGUACGCGCUAGCUCAAAAUCCCACAAUACAGGACAAGGUUUACCAGGAAAUUUGCGAAGUAAUUGGUAAUGAUCCAAAGGAAGAAAUAACGUUAUCACAAAUCAACAAUUUGAAGUAUAUGGAUAUCGUUGUUAAGGAGGCUCUGAGAAUAUAUCAGCCUGUACCAUUAAUUGAAAGAAACAUUGAUGCAGAUUGGAUAUUAG